AGAAAUUCGACCGCGGAGAAGCACCGCCAGACACCUUGGCGGAGUUGAAGGUGGAAGUUGUGUCGUAGCUGGUUUUUCUAUAAGGUGGGAUCAGCCUUUCUCUAUAAGGUGGAUGGACAAGCCGUUUUCCUUCAAAUCUGAAGAUGAAGAUUAUUUUGGGAAAAAGUUGGAGUUCUGAGAAAAAGUUGGAGUUUUGACGAGAAACAACUUCAUGAUCAUAGUAAGUCAACAUUCAAUAAUAGUAUUCACGAUUGGUCAUGGUCUAAGGAAAUCUUGUGAGUUACUUCCUCUUCCUGUACGACAAUUGGUGACCAAUUAGUGACACGCUGGAAGUCAUCAUGCUUCUGGAAAAAUCAAACACCCUCACGCAUUUUACCCAACAGAAGUUUCACACAAUGUAUAAGUCAACUUAAUGCGCCCAUACAUUUUGCGAACGAAUGCCAAUGGAUCGCUUCAAGCGUGUCUUUGGUUUUGCGCGGGACUUUUCAUAGAUCCUACUCGCAUCCCCGAGACAAGUAAAACGGCCUUCGUGUUCCCGUGAAAAUGCUGUAGAAAAAAACUCGGUUAAGCAUCGCUGACAGAAAAUGAAAAAUGAACUGCUACAACGAAGCAUGUGAUACUGAAAAGACAGACACCAGCAAAGUUGACGAGGAAUAGGUUUUUAAGAUCGAUUUAUGCUUACUGGAAUCACCUCUCAUUCUUGUGAUGAAAGUUUGUAGAUGUAUGUCCAAUGAUGUAGAUGAUUUUCAAGUGAAAUAGUGUCUUCGAAAAAUAUAUAGAAUAGAAGAAAGAGACCAAGAAAGUAGUCGUAGCCACUUCUUCUAGCGCCUACAACUUAAUGUUUUAGAACCACUCAAUCAAGAAAAAUGACCGGUCCCAAGAAGCCUGUCAACUGCAUCGUUGCUCAAUGCCCUAAUCGUGGCAUCGGGUUCGAAGGAAAGCUACCAUGGAAAAAGCUACCAGAGGAUAUGGCCAGGUUCAAGGCCGUGACCCUGAAAACGAACACACCGGACAAAAGGAAUGCUGUAGUGAUGGGUCGAAAAACAUGGGAGAGCAUACCGAAACAGUAAGAGGAAGACUAGUAGAGCUGUAUGUCUUUCUAUCGUAUGGAAACAUGUCCAGCAGGUUCCACUUAUUGAUCAUGGUUUCUACCAAUCAAUCUAUCAGGCAUGAGAUCUUGAUCUUAUAGGAUAAGGUUCUUAAGAAAUGAACCCUAAACCCUAAGGUAAUAAGCCAAGGAUGUCUUCUUUCCCUGUUCAGGUUCCGUCCCCUUCCCGGUCGCCUGAAUGUUGUCUUGACGAGCAACACUAGUUCUGUCGAAGGGAGCGAUGAUGUGGUCGUUCGAGGUAGCCUUGACGAAGCAUUAGUGCACUGUGAGGGAGAAGAUGGCGUGGAACAGGUACUUAUGCUAAUUUGCUAAUUCUGGACGCAGGUUUCGUCUUCAUGUAACCGGGAUUCACGUUUUUAUUUGCUGAGAUGAGUUAUAGACGAAUGCUUGUACUAGGGGUUCCUGUCAGUGCCUUUUUUUGAGAUUGACAGACUUAAUCAAAAUGUUCGUCCCGUCCUUAUAUCAAUCUUGAUUAUAUUAAGAGUCACUCAACUUCUACCAUGUACCUCUCUCUGUAGGUUUUCGUGAUUGGCGGCGAACGCGUUUUCACCGAGGGUAUGGAGGUAUACAGCAGCAUCUAUCUCACGCGUGUUGGCAAGCAGUUUGAGUGCGAUGUGUUUUUUCCUGCAGUCGAUUUGAACAAAUUUUCACCGGUCGAAGUGAGCAAAACUAAAGCGUUUGAGGAUAUACCGUACUUCAACUUGAAGUUUCUACUUUCGAUCCUGCUUUUCUUUAGUUUUACCAAGUUUAGUUUUUUUACCAAAACGUCGGGGGCCGCUGCAAUCGCUUUCGCCGCCGCUCGGUUGCGCAGAGGCGUGGGACGCUCCUGCCAGUGAUAACGUGGCCGCGGAACCACAUGCAGAGCGACGGAUAGAGGGUCCCCGCAGCUCUUCGGGCCGCAUUUUUUGAAGGAGGCGCCUGACGGGCGGCCCCGAUGAAGGUUCCGGGGUGCGUCGUCAGCCCUGAUCCUUUCGAAGUGCUCCAGAACCGGCUGGGCCCUGGGCGGCGCUCGGGGCGGCGGGUCUUUGAAUUUGCGCGCACAUUGUGAAGGCUGGCCGGCCGACGCCCUUCAUUGAUAAAGCAGGGCAGCAGCCAGCGCAACUGGCGCACGCGCCUGCCUGUCUGCGUGGGUGUUGAAGGAGGGGCAGACGCUGCCAGGAGUGAAGAAACCACCGAAGGACUACGGGGAGACUCGCCUGGUCGAGGGACCGCUCAAGGCACCACGUUGCGCCCGCUGGGCACGGCCUGGAACGUCGGACCAAAGCCGCGGCGCUACAACCUGAGCGAAGUCGCUGGUCGCUAACCGUGAUAGGAACAACAGCCGCCGCGCGCUGACCGGUCUGCCUUUGUGCUGCUGGUUUCAUUGCGCUUUGGGUGGGUGCCCACCGGGCACGUUGCUGGGUGAAAUGUCGGCGGCUGCGCUUUCCUCCGUGGCGGUCUUGUCAGAUCUCAACGGGGCAAAAACCGGGGCCACCCGCUGAGCAACGACAUCGGGCACGGUGUUCCAGAGCCUGGGCGGUGUUCUAAAUGCUGUGGCACUGCAUGCUGGCGCUGUAUCAGAUGAGCGGGCGCCGCUGUCUAUGGUUGGGGAAAAAUGCGCGGCGGUUCUGUGGAUAGGGGUCAGCCGUUCGCGUUGGACAGAUGGCUGACGGUUCUGGGAGUGGUCGCUGGCUUCCGCGAAUAGGGGCCGCGAUGAGUCUGAGACCGGCUGGGGGCCUUAACUUGUGCAGACGCGCCCCGGCUGGAGCUGCAGACGGCUGCCCGGCGGGCUUGUAUGUUUUGGACAGGCCAGCAAAAGGGUGAGACACCUGGGCGAGGCUCGCCAGUCCAUUACACAUAGCGGGGGCGCGUCUGACAUAUCUCACACCUGAGCGACGAAGUGAGGCCGCUUGUCUUGGUCUGAUCUUGGUGCAUGUUGAAGGGGUACACGCUGCCACUUCGGCGCACGCGCGUCGAGGCGGUUUGCGAUCACAGAAGGCGUGUGGUUAUCUGGGGACUUGUGCAAAGGGCCCACAGUGUGCCCUACUCAGAACUAAGCACUGCCCCCGCAUGGAAUGCUGGCACAGCACUCCAGGAAUGUUACUCGCCAACUGCUGGCCUUGGAUAUUGGCCAGGGCUGUUCCCGUUCAAAGCCGUGCCGUUGGACCUGGGCUGACGGGCUGAGCAUGUGAGUCGACAACUUGCGGCACGGAGGGCGCCUAAGUGAUGCGUGGCGCAAUGAAGUUCGCAGCGGCAGGCGACUGCACUCCAGAAGGCACGGCGGAGGGAGGUGAGGAGAUCGAGGGACCUCGAGGGGCGUACAGUCCAGACACGCGGGCCAAUGUGGAGAGGGUCUGGGCUUUUGGUUUCCCUGAGUCGUACAGCUUUGGCACUGCUCCGGAGGGCAGUCCCUCUGGUACUGCUCCGCCUGACGGUUCUGCUUCUAGAGCUGCGCAAAGCCAUGCGCUUCCUGGACCUCAGAGCAGCGCAGCCUCUUCAGGUCGGGCGCACUGGACUUUUCGAGCGCAGUGGGGGGGGGGCUGGGUGCUUAAUGUCUGUGAUGAAAGGGCGGGCCUCUUCUGUCACGCAGCGCGCCGGGGCCUGGCCGCAAACGAUUGCGCGCUUUCGGGUCGCGUAGGGUUUGCUUUUUUGCUGCAUUGCCAAGUCUGGCCAGUCACUCAGGCCAGCCCUUUUCUCUCGUGUUGUGUAGACGACACGCAGCUGAGCGGCAAGCCCUCUAAUGGCGGCAAUAUCCUCCGCGUGACUCUUCUCGCGGGCGCUCGCCUUUAGACUAGCGGCAAGAAACACCGCACGCCCGACGAGCGGCCCCGCCUGUGGAGCGGCCCGCCAGUUAGUAGGCACCGCCUGGGGUCGCGGUUUGUAUUUGUUUCUUUAAGCCUUUCACCACAAGCGACGGCAAGCGGGUCAGUCAGUCAGUUCAGGGGUCAACUCUCCCCGAUUUUCUGGCGCUUCAUUCUGUGCCCGGUGUGUUGCUCGUAGCACCUCCCCCCGCGCUAAUUUUGUCGCGCGAACGAUGCCAGAAGCGUGUGAGCAAGGCCCUUGCCUUGUCUUGAGGAGGUAAAACCAGCAGAAAACCUGGCGACGGUAAAGCUUUCUGCGCUGCCUAGUCGACUGCCGUCGCGCUUGUUACAGGUGGAGGAAUUGCGCGACUGUGGGUGCCCGCAGGCUUCCACACUCGAAAAAGGAAGCUCGGCGAAAAGUGAAAGAGAAAGCGCGCGGGGCUUUUCCCCUUCGUUCAGUUUCUGUGUGUGGUCGGUGCAUGUCACAGAGAGGAACCCACAGGGCCCCCCUUCUUUUUAAUGGCAAGCCAGUCUUUUGAGCUUGGCCGAGGACCGCACUGGCUUCUGUGUCGUUGCGUCUAAGUUCGGCAAGGCCCCGCAUUAGUUCCAGAGCGCAGAAGCGGCGCUUAGGGGGCGCGAUCAGUUUCCUGCCAUGGAUUCACUUUCGGAGAAGUACUACAGAGGGACCGACGACGGGAAAGCUUGGACUGCGAGGCUCCCGCCUCUAUGUGCUCAGUCGCUGCUCCCCGAUUCUGCAGAAUUUGGGACACCUGGGAUGGCGCAGCUCUCAGAGAUGAGGCAUUGGCCCUAACUAAUGUGGCCGCUCUACGGGAGGCGAAUCCGGACACCGUGUGGGCAGCCCCUGCGUAUAUCAAGUGGGAGAAGCAAGCCGCGCUUCAAGAGCUUGACGCUUUCGGCGCUAGCGACGCUGACUUUGACGGAGGAAGUUCUGAAGUUUUGUCUACGUGGGAGCUCUUAUAGCUUCUAACUGGCUCGGCCUCAGUCGCGAAGAUUACCUUGUCGAGAGCUAGGCUUUCGCGUUGGCUUACGGAGAUCAUUUCACUAGUCAAGUGGGGAAGGAGUAGACGGGCGCUGGGGAUCUAAUAUUUACCCAGGGGCGUGCUUUUUUCUCCUUUAUAUAAAUGCGAGGUUGUGCCGCAGAUCUUGACUGGCUUCUUCCCUUUUUAUAGGGUCGCGGUUUAGGUCCAGCGGCGCUCAAAGCACUAAAUAAAACAGCCGGUUCGCUUUUGCCUCUAAACCUUAGGCUUAUCCCAUGAAACAAAAUAUUAGUUCCACUAGUUCCCAGCGCUGACGUGCCUUGUUUUCUUAUUUCAGGUUUGACUUCGUCCGGUAUGCGCGCAUCCCAAACGCGGAGGAUGCUGGUGCAGGGGCCUCCAGUAGCUCUUCUGCCAUCCCAUCAUCGCCAUCAAACAUGGAGCAUGAGGAACGGCAGUAUCUAGAAAUGAUCAAAGAUAUCAUCAAGACAGGCGACUUCCAGUCGGACCGAACCGGAGUGGGAACCUACUUUAUGAAAACCUCAACUGUUGUUGGACCACUAACUUUAUAAUAGUACCUUGCCCUUCCCCCUCCACCUCCAGUGAAUACGAAUGCUAGCAGACCAGUGCCCACUGAACUAGGCAAGUAGCUUUCUUGCCAGACGACAAUCCUCGCACUUUUGAUAACCUAGAUAGAAGUCAGGAUAAACAAGUGUAGAUACAACUCGCGUACUCAAGAAGGAGUGUCCCUUUUCUAUCAAGCCUCUUUCUAAUUCUCCCAAAUUUGGAUGCCAGAUGCGGUUUUCUUUGCGGGAUGGCGUUUUCCCAUUGCUGACGACGAAACGCGUUUUUUGGAGGGGUGUGCUAGAGGAGCUCUUGUGGUUCUUGCGCGGCGACACAAAUGGCAACCAUUUGAGUGAGAAAGGCAUCAAAAUCUGGGACGGAAAUGGCAGCCGAGAAUUCUUGGAUUUAUGACAAAGAAUAAGAAUGUGGAAACAAGUACGCAGAAGAUAAAAGUAGUCAUGUUCGUUUGUCAGAGUAGUAGUUAUACUAGCGUCAGUAUGUUGCUGUAAAUGGACUUGAUAAAUCUAGUAGACCUGAUGUUGAUUUUGAUUCCUUUUCUACUUCCUCCGUAAGUGAUGUAGCCUCUACAACUACAAGUACAGCUGCUUAUGGGCUAGUACCCAGUGAAAACCAUCUUUCUAAUAUCCAAGCGUGGACUAGGCCAUAGAGAAGUUGGCGACUUGGGACCGGUCUACGGAUUUCAGUGGCGGCAUUUUGGAGCAGAAUAUAAGGAUAUGCACACGGAUUACACUGGUUUUUAAGAACUUGUUUGAUCAAGCAACGUGGCAAGUUUCAGCGUCUCCCUACUUUGUUCUCCAGUACUGAGGGAAUAAGCACUUGCUCCGACAUCCACACAUCUCCACCAUCCCAAUGACUGCGGUCUGCGGGUAUGCUACUCCAAAUGUCCAAACAGGUAAAGGCGUCGACCAAGUCGCAGAGUUGAUUCAAACGUUGAAGACCAACCCGUCAGACAGAAGGAUGAUUAUUACAGCUUGGAACCCAGCAGCCCUUCACGAAAUGGCCUUGCCACCAUGCCACAUGUUCGCACAGUUUUACGUCGCGAAAGGGGAAUUGAGCUGCUUAUUGUAAGAAAGACUUUGACAACUUUGUUGUUUUUCGCCGAUUUAUCCAUUAGAGACGCAUUCCAUUGAGGAACUCACUUUUACCCGAAUCCAAAACUACGUAGGCUUCUGCUCUUUUGUUUUCUAUCCAUUGAUGUGUAAUUCACCUGCAUAAAAAUAACGUCCACAAAAAUUUUCUAGAUACCAACGCUCCUGCGACAUGGGUCUUGGUGUACCUUUCAAUAUUGCGAGUUAUGCAGCACUGACCUACAUGAUCGCGCAAUGCACGGGUCUGAAGCCGGGUGAAUUCGUGCACUCGAUGGGAAAUACUAUGGCUUAAAUUUUCAAUAGCCUCAUGACAUUAAAUCUAUAUCUUGUGAGCCACUACUAGCAAAAGUACCGUAAAAAAUUAUAAUGUGGUACUCAACUACUAGAACUAGUUGUAGUUGUCAUGGUUAUGGUAGUUUUGCAGAGGCUUCAUACAAAAAUCAGUAACGCCUAACCCUACCUGCCUCUAAUCUCUCCCACGUUUAUAGCAACCAUGUAGAACCCCUGAUGCAACAGCAGGUGGAUCGAUUGCCACGACCCUUUCCAUUGCUGAAACUGAAUCCGGAAAAAACAGACAUCGACUCUUUCGUCUUCGACGACUUCACUCUCGUAGGGUACAACCCACAUCCGAAGGUCGCUAUGGAGAUGGCUGUGUGAAGGGGGAUGUGGGGUUUACAGUGAAUGUUGAAGGAGUUUCCAAUGAUGAGUUCUUAGUGUGCAGUUACUUUUACAGAUUUUUUUGGGCUACUACAGGUACGCUUUUUCCUACUUGCGUGCUGAAAAAGUCAAUACUCUUCAUGUGUGUAAAGAAGUCUCUCCGUUUGGGGAUCGCGUGGAACAUGAUGCUUUUUUCGCUUUGUGCUCCGCUAGUAGAUGCCUUUCUCAAAGAACGUCAGUCCUUUCCUCUUUCAGAUUAUACUGAACAAAAGCCCAACAUGGAGUACGAGUGUUUCUGCCUAGAAACCGACUCAUCAACUUGAACUUGAACAGUAU